UUAUUCCAAAAAUUAUAUUUUUAGGAGGUUGUGAAAUGGUCUGGACAAAAUAUGGGAAAACUACCUGACCCCUGGCAUAAACUAGUAUUUAAGAAAAUUGAACCCAAGAAACCCCCGGAACCUAAGAAACCCAUUGAACCCAAAAAGUCCGAGUCCAAAAAGUCUGAGUCCAAAAAGUCCGAGGGAAAAAAGUCCGAGGGAUCGGCUGAACGAAAGAAGGAGAAAAAGAAGCUUAAAAUGGAAAAGAAGGAAACCGGUGAUAUUUCGGAUAAGGGAUAUAGUUGCGAUAUAGAGAGUGAUUCAGAUCAUAAUAAGACCUCAGAAGGAGUUUGUGACCUGUUUUCUCCCAAGAAAAAAGUAAAUGGAUACGGUGGUGAAGGAAUUAGGGCGGGGCAGCCCGCCCCCCUGAACUUCAGCUUACCUCAUCAUAAAUCAGGAGGCGUUCCUCCCGUAGAGCAGAGAGCAGGAGGAGGAGGUGGAGGACUAUAUAGACCAUACUCUACUAGUCCAACUCCACAACGUACUGCACCAGUUGGAGUACCCAGUCAUCAGAACCCCGCCCCCCGCCAGAUAUAUACCGCCCCUAGUGUAUACCCGCCUCACCACAACCAACAAGCAGGACAUCAUCAGUCUUCUAAUCCUUCACAUCACCCUGGUCAUCACCCGGGAGCACAAGCCUCUCACCCGGGCAGUGGGCACCAUCCGGGCUCCACCCAUCAUUCAAGUCUUCACCCGGCAUACCGCCCACCCGGGAAUACGACCGCUGGUCCUGCUCCUGGCCAGUAUAAAACCUACGGGUAUCCUGCCCCUACAGGAUACCCUGGUGGAUAUCCUCCUACUGCUGGAUAUCCUGGAGGUUAUCCUCCUCCCUCAGGUUACCCAGGUUAUCCCAGUGGUUACCAUAAUAAACCAGGAUAUAGUUACCCGCCUGCACCUGGUCAACCUGGUUACCCAACCAAUUCAAGUAGCUACCCACCUUCCAACCCGGGAUAUCCCAGCUCAACAACCGGACAUCCGGGUAGUUCAAACUAUCCGGUAAGCUCUUCUAGUUACCCCAACAGUUCAUCCGGAUAUCCUGGAUAUCCCGGCGCUCCAUAUCCGGGUUCCACUGCCGGAAAGCCAGUCGGACAACCCGGCUCCGGUCUACCUCCAGGCGGCUCUGCUCCGGCACCAUCCGGUCCAGGUUCGGUCCAACCCGGUUCAUCUCGUAAUCAUCCAGUUUACCAGACAAAUGGAGAAAUUUCUCAAAGAUCUGGGGUUAGUGUCCAGAACGGUUCUCUAGCACCACGUUCAUAUAAGGAUAUUCAAUCUUCCGUUACUCCUGCAGCAGGCUCCAACCAUCAGUCUAGUGCUCAUCCACAUUCCCAACCUUCUCAUCCACAUUCCCAACCUUCUCAUCCAUAUUCCCAACCUACACUUCCACAAUCACAUCCGUCUCGUCCACAUUCCCAACCUUCACAUCCACAUUCUCAACCUUCUCAUCCACAUUCCCAACCUUCUCAUCCAAAUUUCCAACCUUCUCAUCAACAAUCCCAACCUUCUCCCCAUUCACACUUUCAUCCGUCUCCUCAUCCACAUUCUCAUUCCUCUCAUCCACACUCCCAACCUUCUCAUCCAAACUCCCAAUCGUCUCCUCAUCCACACUCCCAACCUUCUCAUCCAAACUCCCAGCCGUCUCCUCAUACCCACGCCCCUCAUAAUUCUUAUCCAAACUCCCAAUUGUCUCCUCAUCCACACUCCCAACCGUCUCCUCAUCCCAACACCCCUCAAAAUUCUCAUCCACAAACACUCCCUACUUCUCAUCCAUAUCCAAAUACAAAUUCUCAUCCACACGUAGUCUCCACUUCUCAGUCCCAAGUCCCAUCCUCUUCUCAUCCGUACUCGCCGAUAACUUCUCAUCCGCAAAGCAAACCAACUUCUCAUCCCUACGGUCUCCCUGUUAGUCAUCCAAACGGACCACCGGCCACUAAUUUACAACCCCCGUCAUCCGGAUAUAAUUUGGGAACACCCACAAGUCAUUCCAGCGGGCAAGCCCAGCCCCCCGGCCCCGCCCCAGCUCAGCUGCAGGGACAAACAUCAUCUUCAAUACAUUCCCAGUGUCCGCCUUCGGCACAGGAUCUAGCCAGAGGACCUGUUUCAUCCAGUCACAGCGGUCAUUGGACACCUCCUGGGUCUAGUCCAGCGCCUAUAGGGACACAGGGGUCAUUUGUAACCCCUAGUCGAGCACUUGGAGCCCCAGGACCAUCCCUUGGCGCCCCUGGACCAUCUCUUGGAGGCCCUGGUCAUGUUGUAGGAUCACCAGGUUUAUCAUCACUUGGAGCUGUUUCUACUGUUUCCUCUCUUGCAGUAUCAAGCUCUGUUCUGGGACCAACCCUUUCAGGGUCCUCUCUUGGAGCAUCUGGACUUGCACUUGGAGCUCCUGGAUCUGCACUUGGUGCCCCUGGACCAGCUUCUGGAGCCCCUGGACCAGCUUCUGGAGCCCAAGGGUUUGCUCUUGGAGCCCCUGCACCUAGUCUUGGAGUCCCUGCUCCUUCUCUUGGAGACCCUGCGCCUAUUCUUGCUCCCCCUCCACCUACUCUUGGAGCCCCCGCUCCUUCUCUUGGAGCCCCUGCACCUGCUUUUGGAGUAUCAGGGCUUGGAACAGUUGUACCAUUCUCUGGUUCAUCCACUAAACCUUCAUGGAGCAGCGGCAGUGUUUCCGUGGGAUGCACUCAAUCUUCAACAACUGCUUCUCUACCAGCUCCUUUGACAGCGGCUUCUCUUCCAGCUCCUGCAGCUGCUUCACUAGCAGCUCCUUCUAAAUCAGCUGCUCCGAGCCCAGCAGUCAGACCUGAAUUAGAUAGAUUUAGUGCUUCCGGAACCCUGGCCACUGUUAUUAGUCCUAACCCUGCCUCAAGGGGGCUAGGGGCACACCUUGGCCCCCAUUCUUCCACCAGGGGUAUGGGUGCACCACAAUACCCUCCGGGCCCCCUCUAUCCUCCCUCACCCCUGGUUAAAGAUGUUCCUAAACUGGGUGGACCUGACUCCUUGUUCUAUCGAGCUGCAGGAUUGGGUACUCCCUCCUCCUCCUACCCUCAUCAGAUACCUCUGCAGGGUCCUCCAUUCUCAGCAGCAUCUAUUCAACCAGCCACUCAAUCACAGCCUAAGAAGACUGGUAAAUGGAACGCAAUGCAUGUACGAAUUGCCUGGGAGAUAUAUAAUCAUCAACAGAAAGCAAAAAGUGAAAAUAAAAAUGGUCCUCCUACUUCAAACAGUCUUAAACCUCAUGGUUUUGAGUUGUUAAACAAACCUCAGGGACCCCCGGGUCCGGAUUAUAUGGGAAAACGUCCAGGGCCCCCGCAGGAUCUAAUGGGGCGGACCCCCACACUAUACGGUGGGGCUAUGGGUCUCCCCACCCCGCCUUACGACCUCCUGGGACGAUCUCCAUACGCGGCACCCUCGCGUUACUAUGGUGCUCCACCUUUAGGACCUUAUCCCGGAUAUCCCAGUGCCGGGGGCCCCGCCCCCUUCGGUGGACUUGGGGCCAUGCCCCAACAUCUUAGCCGACCUUCUGUUCCUCACUACGGGCCCCCUCCUCCCCUAUCCUCCCUCAGUAGCCCGCAUUAUCCCGGAAAACCUCCCUUAGACAGAGAGAGGGAGCGACGGGAGCGGGAGGAUAGAGAGAUACGAGAACGGGAAGACAGAGAGAGGCGGGAUCGGGAGGAUAGAGAGAGAAGGGAGCGGGAGGAAAGGGAUCGGUUGCAGAGGAAUAGGGAUCAUGAGAUGAGAUUAGGAAGGGAUGGAUCCAGUUUUAAGGAAAAGGACAGAAAUGGAGAUUUGGAUUCAAGGGAUAGAUCUCCCAUCCGUAGUGAUAGCAGCCCGCAGAUCAUAGAAGUCAAUCCAUCUAAAUCAGAGUCAAGAAAGGACGACGAAAACGUUCUUGAUAUGCGGAUAGAAUCGUCCUUGCCGCGUCAAUCCUCCCGUCCUCCAUCGGCGUCUCGUGGUGGUGGUGAUCCCCGCCGAGACGAUGAGAUAUGUAUAGUCAUGGAGAAAGAAGGUAUCAGAGGCCCCCCCGUGAUCACAGGACGAACCAGUGUAAACUCAGAUCAUAGUAUAAAUACCAUUCAUCGAAUUAACGGCUUGGACGAUCGGCCGUCUAGUCGUCAGUCCCUACUUCACGUUCAUAGGAAUAGUCCCACGGUGAAUGGACCUCACAAGAGUGAUAGUCCGUCGGUGAAAGGGUACGGACUACCCCCUACUAGUUUACCCAGUAGUUACUACUCCAGAUCUCACAUGUUACCAGUAUCAACUGAUCCCUAUGGUAGAUCAGUCCUUACACCCACCUCAUAUGGUCUUCCCUCGCAUCAGAUGGCACCGCAUCACAUGGCCGCAUCAAGCAUGGCAAUGCUUGGACAUCAUAUUCUCGGCGGUGUUUCCAUCCGGCAGCCGAAUCCAUUCGAUCACGCGGCCGCCCUUGAUCCAUUCCGAGAUCCCUACCGGAUGGAUCUGUUUCGUGAUCCACUGCGUGAAGCACGUGAACGUGAACUAAUGCGCUUGAGCGAAUUGGAUCAUGCCAAGGCGCUUCAGAUGGCCGGGUAUGCAAUGCCUGGUUAUUAUCCACCUACUACACUGGGGCACAAGAUGGUUGGCCCCCACCUCUCUAGCCCCUAUAGCGCAGCCUCCGUACCUCCCACACUAGGAUUACCGCCCCUUGGUCUAGGGCACCCCCUAGGAAUGAACGGUGCCCCUGGAAUUCCUCCAACAUAUUCUAAAGAUCCUCUCAGAAGAUGAGGAAUAGAAAUAAACAAGUAGAACUUCAAUUUAUCAUAGCUUGUGAUUGUUAUGUACAGUUAAACGCAAAUAUGUAAACAAAGUAUACCUAACUAA